GUGUCUAACCUGGAUGAAGAGAGUAAGUGGACGGUCCACUACACAGCUCCGUGGCACCAGCAGGAGAACGUGUUCCUGCCCGGCAGCAGACCGCCCUGCGUAGAGGACCUCCACCGCCAGGCCAAGGUCAACCUCAAGACCGCACUGAGGGGUAAGGACCACGACCGCACUUACAAACAUGACCAUACACACACAUACAGACACACAAACACACACAUACAGUGUUUUUGGAAUGUCACGACCACCCAUUGCAUUUCAUCACCCUCAAUAUCUCUUGAUACUUUAUUGAUGUUCACGACGUUACGACAACGUUGUAAAAAAAAAAACGUCCAAAGCGUUUGUUUGCCUAGCUGCACAACAUACCUGUGUUAAGCCCUCCUCUGGUGUGUCCAGUGUCUUGGAGGGGUGAACAUGAAAGGUUCCCCCAAAACAGCCACAACUACUCACUUCCUGGUCUGUUCCCAAAGAGAAAGGUUCAGGACAGCGAUCAGGUGUGGGAAAAGGAAUCGGGAGGAGUUUAGUUGGAGUGGGUGUGUAUGGGGUAGGUGUAUGCUAGUUUGUGUAGAUCAGUAUAAAGGACAAAACACAUCGCAUCGAGAUGCGGUCUGCCGUUCGCUUGCUGACGGCACAGUGUUAAAGGGACCAUCCACAGGUGGGAGUCUGACUGCCAACAUUUUCGCCCGUUUCUACAUGUAGUAUCUGCUUCCACUCGGUUUUCAAAUUAUGGCCGGCACUCAGGGGUGCUAAAUGCUCUCGGCUCGCAAACGUUACUGGUGUGUCCGUGCCUUAAAGAGAUUCUCAUUUGGGUUCCUGGUACGUUUGUAUACUUUUUAGCCAGUAGUUCUGAAAGUAGCACUGACUCAUGAGCCAAAAGUGCGUACUACGUCACAUAUUAUAUUUACAUUUUAGUAAUUUAGCAGACGCUCUUAUCCAGAGCGACUUACAGUUAGUGAGUGCAUACAUUUUCAUACUGUCCCCCCGUGGAAAACGAACCCACAACCCUGGCGUUGCAAGCACCAUGCUCUACCAACUGAGCUACAGGGGAUUACGUAUGUGCAGAUAUGUGCACCGUGUUAUUGCUCUCUCUCUCUCGCUCUGCUGUGUGAGCAUCUUGCUAACUGUCACUCGAAUGGUGAGGGGCUGAACCCAAUUGGCUGCUAGGGGGCUGGCCCAUGUGGGGGGAAAUGUAGGGAAAAUGGCACUGCACAGCUGCCAGUAAACAGUCGCUUUCAAACUAGAGAUUUCGUGGCUAAUUGAGGUAAGACAGUAAUUCUGCUCAUAGAUUAUGCAUGUAUGAACUACACAUUGACACAUCCAGCCCAAAGCGGGAGGUUUAAAAAAUACUUAGUAGUCGCCAAAGUUCUGGAGCAUGUCUUUAAGGGUGGUGUGUGAUUGUGAGUAGGUCAGUGUGGGGCGGGGGCUUGUUAUUUACGUGCUAGGUGACCUUGUGUGCCAAGCAGAUAAAGAGAGAAAAAGGAGGAGAGGGACUGAAGACUAUAGAAGAGGUAACCUAAUGCUUAGUGUGUGUUAUUAAGUCACCUCCACUAAGUUAAUGACACACACACACACACACACACACUGUCUUUGUCCUUCUGUCCCAUUGUCCUGGUUCUAUGUGAGGUUAUUGUCCAUGUAAUAUGACAUGCCAUGCUACACACCGCAUGGGUAAUGGUAUCCUUUGAUCACCUGCCACUGUCCUUCUGAAAGAGCCCUUCCAACCGGUGUCUGGUGAGACUGCCUGUGUUGGUCAGUCCGUUACGUCGUGGUGUGUGUUUAGCUGCUUCACCCAUGUUCUCUUCCCAUGAAGCUGCUGCUGGGAUGCUCUAAUGCUACAUCAUUUAACUGGCCAGCCUGCAGUCUGCUAGAAAUAGAUGCAGUACGUAAUGUAUACUUUCAAACUAACCCUAUACAAAGCUGUUACACGAGGGAACCUAGAAACUGCCCCAAGUGCUGUUCUAUAGCUGACCAAUCUGGUUAGAGUAAGGAUAGGAAUUGUUAUAGAGAAAAACUUAAAUGAGAGCAGCGCAUAAGGUCAAUCCACCACCGUGCCCCUGCUCUUGUGCUUAUGAAGCCCCCCCUCAUUAAAUCCAUGUCACCCCGUCGGCCAUAGCACGAGGACAGACACACACAGAGAAGUUAGGGAAAUGUCAAUAUCAGACCCUGCCCAGGUCUCAAACCAAUCAAUAUGUAAUCAGCUGCUGGUGUCAGUGGCACCACAUCCGAGUCUCGCUACUGUCUCUCAACAGUUAGGACGGGGUCAUUACCCAUAAUGCCAUUCGUCGGCACAUUCUGGUGUCCGGUUGUGGUCGUCUGCGCAAAAGGGUGACUGACUGGUAGGGAAAGCACAGACAUAUUGCGUAAUAGCAGAAACAUUAUAGUCAAUAAAGAACUGAUUGAGUCUCUACUUGACAGCAACAAACGCCCCAUAAUAUCUGGCCCUCUGCCCUCCCUAAAUUGUGGCAUUGAACGGUUCAGCAGACUUUUAGCCCUCCAUAACUGUGCAGUGUGCAGCAUCACUAUGUUAGAAGUAGAUCCACAUGUUAUUCUCUAUCAUGCAGGAUUGUCAGCUCAUUGUAACUUAUGAAGCUCAUUCUAAAAUACAGACGUGGGUGAUUUCUACCACAAGGUACUGCACAGUGUGCAAGUUUUUAUUCCUGGCCAGCACAAACACCAUGUUCAACUAUUCAUCAUCUACUAUUUAGACCACAAUCAGUUGAAUGAGGUGUUAGUGAAGGGCUGGAACAAAAACCUGUAAAUUCCUGUCCUGUGUAUAAAAAACUCUGUGGAUGUCAUGAUAAUUUGCCCUCAUGUACUGAACAAGCUUAUGAAUGUUGGAGGUGAAUCUCCUUGAUGUCCCUCACUCACUAACUGUAAGUGGCUCUGGAUAAGAGCGUCUGCUAAAUGACUAAAAUGUACAUGUAAAUAACUGGCUACGAGACUAUUGCAGCUCUGUGGAUGUAACAUUUAUUGACAAUUUUGAAACCUUCUGGAAACAAAGCUUGUAUUAUAAGGAGGAUGGGAUCCACCCAAAUCAUUUGGGUUCCUGGAUCCUUUCACAGCAUUAUAAGGCUGCGUUGAGACAAUGACUUAUCAAUAACCCAAGUCCAGCUCAUUUAAUCCCUACCAUUGUGUUGCUGAGUUGUCAUAAUGAUUCAGCAAAUGUACAUUAUCCUAGAGGCGUUGGAAGACACAAUGUAAAUAACCUAAUUUAUGUCCCUCUUACUGCCCAGAUGCCUGCUGAUCCUACAGCAAUUGUAUGCAGUAAUCAUAUGCCUAUGAACCAGAGUAAUACUGUUAGCACUGAGGUGGUGUGCCCUAGUAGGAAGUGUGUGCAGCUCACCCUGCACUAAUAAAAAUAACCAGAGUAUGUCUACCUCUGCUAAGCUUCCCAGUAAAGCAAGAAAAAUAAUCAAGCAUCCCAGAAAAGUGUUAAAAAUAGCCCACGUUAACAUACACUACCAGUCAAAAGUUUGGACACACAUACUCAUUCAAAGGUUUUUCUUUAUUUUUAAAUGUUUACAUUGUAGAAUAGUAGUGAAAACAUCAAAACUAUGAAAUAACACAUAUGGAAUCAUAAUAAAAAAUCUAAAUAUAUUUGAGAUUCUUCAAAUAGCCACCCUUUGUCUUGAUGACAGCUUUGCACACUCUUGGCAUUCUCUCAACCAGCUUCAUGAGGUAGUCACCUGGAAUGCAUUUCAAUUAACAGGUGUGGCCUUCUUAAAAGUUAAUUUGGUGGUAAUUUCUUUCCUUAAUGCGUUUGAGCCAAUCAUUGUGUUGUGACAAGGUAGGGGGGGUAUACAGAAGAUGGCCCUAUUUGGUAAAAGACCAAGUCCAUAUUAUGGCAAGAACAGCUCAAAUAAGCAAAGAGAAAUAACAUUCCAUCAUUACUUUAAGACAUGAAGGUCAGUCAAUACGGAAAAUUUGAAAUUAUCUUCAAGUGCAGUCGCAAAAACCAUCCAACGCUAUGAUGGAACUGGCUCUCAUGAGGACCGCCACAGGAAUGGAAGACCCAGAGUUACCUCUGCUGCAGAGGAUAAGUUCAUUAGAGUUACCAGCCUCAGAAACUGCAGCCCAAAUAAAUGCUUCAUAGAGUUCAAGUCACAGACACAUCUCAACAUUAACUGUUCAGAGGGGACUGUGUGAAUCACGCCUUCAUUGUCGAAUUGCUGGAAAGAAACCCCUACUAAAACCUGCUUGGGCCAAGAAACACGAGCAAUAGACAUUAGACCGGUGGAACUGUGUCCUUUGGUCUGGAGUCCAAAUUAGAGAUUUCUGGUUCCAACCGCUGUGUCUUUGUGAGAUGCGGUGUGGGUGAACGGAUGAUCUCCGCAUGUGUAUUUCCCACCGUAAAGCAUGGAGGAGUAGGUGUUAUGGUGCGGGGGUGCUUUGCUGGUGACACUGUCUGUGAUUUAUUUAGAAUUCAAGGCACACUUAACCAGCAUGGCUACCACAGCAUUCUUCAGCGAUACGUCAUCCCAUCUGGUUUGGGCUUAGUGGGACUAUCAUUUGUUUUUCAACAGGACAAUGACCCAACACACCUCCAGGCUGUGUAAGGGCUAUUUUACCAAAAAGGACAGUGAUGGAGUGCUGCAUCAGAUGACCUGGCCUCCACAAUCCCCCGACCUCAACCCAAUUGAGAUGGUUUGGGAUGAGUCGGAUGGCAGAGUGAAGGAAAAGCAGCCAACAAGUGCUCAGCAUAUGUGGGAACUCCUUCAAGACUGUUGGAAAAGCAUUCCAGGUGAAGCUGGUUGAGAGAAUGCCAAGAGUGUGCAAAGCGGUCAUCAAGGCAAAGGGUGGCUAUUUGAAGAAUCUCAAAUAUAAAAUAUAUUUUGAUUUGUUUAACACUUUUUUUGUUCCAAAGGCUGGGCCUAAUAUUGUGUAUAAGAGGUCAUACAAGAAGUUCUGUAGUGAUUCCUAUGUUGUUGAUGUGAAGAACAUUUGUUGGUCUGUGGUGUGUAAUGAUGAACAACCAGACGCUGCACUUGACACAUUUAUAAAAUUGCUUAUCCCAGUUACUAAUAAGCAUGCACCCAUUAAGAAAAUGACUGUAAAAACUGUUAAAUCACCGUGGAUUGAUGAGGAAUUGAAAAAUGGUAUGGUUGAGGGGGAUGAGGCAAAAGAGAUGGCAAAUAGGUCUGGCUGUACAAUCGAUUGGCAAACAUACUGAAAAUUGAGAAAUCAUGUGACUAAACUGAAUAAAAAGAAGAAGAAACUACACUAUGAAAGAAUGAUAGUAAAAAGCUUUGGAGCACCUUAAAUGAAAUUUCGGGCAAAAAGGCAAACUCCGCUCCAUCAUUGAUUGAAUCAGAUGGCUCAUUCAUCACAAAACCCACUGAUAUUGCCAACUACUUUAAUGAUUUUUUCAUUGGCAAGAUUAGCAAAUUUAGGCAUGACAAGUAUAUCUGACCAAAUUAUGAAAGACAAGCAUUGUAAUUUUGAAUUCCGUACAGUAAGUGUGGAAGAGGUGAAAAAUAUAUUAUUGUCGAUCAACAAUGACAAGCCACCGGGGUCUGACAACUUGGAUGGAAAAUUACUGAGGAUAAUAGCGGAAGAUAUUGCCACUCCUAUUUUCCAUAUCUUCAAUUUAAGCCUACUAGAAAGUGUGUGCCCUCAGGCCUGGAGGGAAGCAAAACGUUAUUCCCCUACCUAAGAAUCCUAAAGCCCCCUUAACUGUCUCAAAUAGCCGACCAAUCAGCCUGUUACCAACCCGUAGUAAACUUUUGGGGAAACAUUUGUUUGACCGGAUAAAAUGCUAUUUUACAGUAAUCAAAUUGACAACAGACUUUCAGCACGCUUAUAGGGAAGGACAUUCAACAAGCACAGGACUUACACAAAUGACUGAUGAUUGGCUGAGAGAAAUUGAUGAUAAAAAGAUUGUGGGGGCUGUUUUGUUAGACUUCAGUGCAGCUUUUGACAUUAUCGAUCAUAGUCUGUUGCUGGAAAAACAUAUGUGUUAUGGCUUUACACCCCCUGCUAUAUUGUGGACAAUGAGUUACCUGUCUAACAGAACACAGAAAGUGUUCUUUAAUGGAAGCCUCUCCAACAAAAUCCAGGUAGAAUCAGGAAUUCCCCAGGGCAGCUGUCUAGGCCCCUUACUUUUUUCAAUCUUUACUAACGACAUGCCACUGGGUUUGAGUAAAGGCAGUGUGUCUAUGUAUGCAGAUUACUCAACACUAUACACGUCAGCUACCACAGCGACUGAAAUGAUAGCAACAAAGAGCUGCAGUUAGUUUCAGAAUGUGUGGCAAGGAAUAAGUUAGUCCUAAAUAUUUCAAAAACUAAAAGUACUGUAUUUGGGACAAAUAAUUUACAAAACCCCAAACCUCAACUAAAUCUUGUAAUGAAUAAUGUGGAAAUUGAGCAAGUUGAGGAGACUAAAUUGCUUGGAGUACCCUGGAUUAUAAACUGUAAUGGUCAAAACAUAUUGAUACAACAGUAGCUAGGAUGGAGAGAAGUCUGUCUAUAAUAAAGCGCUGCUCUGCAUUCUUAACAGCACUAUCAACAAGGCAGGUCCUACAGGCCCUCGUUUUGUCGCACCUGGACUACUGUUCAAUGGUGUGGUCAGGUGCCACAAAGAGGGACUUAGAAAAAUUGCAAUUGGCUCAGAACAGGGCAGCACGGCUGGCCCUUGGAUGUACACAGAGAGCUAACAUUAAUAAUAUGCAUGUCAAUCUCUCCUGGCUCAAAGUGGAGGAGAGAUUGACUUGAUCACUACUUGUAUUUGUGAGAGGUAUUGACAUGUUGAAUUAACCAAGCUGUCUGUUUGAACUACUGGCACACAGCUCGGACACCCAUGCAUACCCCACAAGACAUGCCACCAGAGGUCUCUUCACAGUCCCCAAGUCAAGAACAGACUAUGGGAGGCACACAGUACUACAUAGAGCCAUGACUACAUGGAACUCUAUUCCACAUCAAGUAACUCAUGCCAGCAGUAAAAUUAGAUUUAAAAAAUGCAUACAAACGCACGAUAACAUGCGCACUAGACACACAUGUACACAUGGAUUUUGUGUUAUAGAUAUGUGGUAGUAGAUUAGAGGCCUGAGGGCACACACUUAAUAUGUUGUGAAAUCUGUUAUGAAUGUAUUGUAAUGUAUUGUAAUGUUUUAAAAAUGUAUAACUGCCUUAAUUUUGUUGGACCCCAGGAAGAGUAGCUGCUGCCUUGGCCACAGCUAAUGGAGAUAAUAAAUACAUUUACAUUUUUAUAUUUUAGUCAUUUAGCAGACGCUCUUAUCCAGAGCAACUUACAGUUAGUUAGUGCAUACAUAUAUAUUUUUUUCAUCUUUUUUUUCCCAUACUGGCCCCCCGUGGGAAUUGAACCCACAACCCUGGCUUUGCAAGCGCCAUGCUCUACCAAUUGAGCUACACAAAUACAAAUAGUGUUUAUGAAAGAUUUGGAUCGAUUUCAUCGAACGUUUUUAAUUAGUACCUCGCUCUCUCUCUCCAUCAUUCUGGGAUGGUGCCGUGUGACCAUAGCAACAAACCUCCAUAUUUCCCCUUCAGCUCAUCUCUCACCUUUUUACACUCAGGCUACCUUCAGCUAAACUCCAGCCCCUGUUCUGCUCGACAACAGUCCUGGAAACUGUGUAACACCUAUUCCCAUCCUCAUCAUCUCAAGUGGCUUCUAAAACCCUUCUAUUCCAGAUCACAGGCGCAAACACUAAUAGCCAUCAGUAGCUAGCUGCUCCAUUAGGCUCCAUUAAAUGACAGUAUUAUACAUGCAGACAGCGCCUCAGUCCCUGAAGAGACCUACUCUAAUUAGCUAUGUAGGUAUUAGGACAUGAAAGAGGAAAGUAGUCUCUAAGGUGUAGCUCCGUAGAGGGUACGCACACAUCAAACCACUCCUUCACAUGUAUAUGACAAUGGACAGAUUUACAUUUGUACAUCAGUGAUUUGGCUAAUUAGUUGCGGGUAUUCAACACAAAAGACUAGAGGAGUAGCUGAGGUCUUUGUCGCUAUACACACAUCAAAUGGAGAUGGCAGAGACUAGAGAAAUGAAUAGGCCUAUUUGGUCGCUAUGGUAAAGAACAUUCAGUGUUAAUGUAUACGCAGGAAAUGAAUAUAGCGCGGAGAUCGCUCUGAUAUGGAAAUGUAUAUAGCUAUAGAAUUAUCUAUAGCAUUUUAAAUAUACUAUUCAAUCAUGCAAUUAGAAAUUAUUAAGGUAUGUAUAAUGAAUCUAGUACAUCAUAUUUCUACAUAUCGUUAGUAGAUGUUAUCAACGUAGAUGAUGUGUUAUUUAGUAGCUGAUCUAGUUAGUCAUGCAGAUAUUACAAAGGAGUCCCUGGUAGCAGUGUGUUGGCAGAGUGACUGAAGUGUAAAUACCCACUGAGGGAGAGAGGGAGGAGGUGUUUGAGAGAGAAGGAUGAUUCCACCAUCUGUGUGUGACAGACUGGAAGGGAUACCUCCUCCCAGCUCCCACACACACAUGCAUGUACAUGCGCACACACCACACACACACACACACACAUCUCACCCCUCACAGUAGGCUCUAAUGAGAGAAGCUUUCAGCAGCGCUGAGCUGUCAGGGGCUGCUGCUGAGGCAUGGGGUGAAAACACAACACACACACACACUCGUCUAUAUGCUGUGUGUCUCUGAACACCUGACUGGUAUUAUUGAACAGGUCAGCUCCUCUGCUGUGUGUGUUCCCUGUGGUGUUGAGCUCUUGACAGGUGUAGACAGCACUACCGGGUGUAGAGACACAACUACCGGGUGUAAGGACACCACUACCGUGUGUAGAGGCACCACUACCGGGUGUAGGGACACCACUACUGGGUGUAGAGCACCACUACCGGGUGUAGACACCACUCCCGGGUGUAGAGACACCACUACUGGGUGUAAGCACACCACUAACGUGUGUAGGGACACCACUAAAAGGUGUAGGGACACCACUACUGGGUGUAGGGACCACUACCGGGUGUAGGGACCAUUACCGGGUGAAGGGACACCACUAUCGGGUGUAGAGACACCACUACCGGGUGUAGGGACCACUACCGUGUGUAGGGACCACUACCGUGUGUAGGGACCAUUACCAGGUGAAGGGACACCACUACCAUGUGUAGAGACACCCCACUACCGGGUGUAGAGACACCACUACCAUGUGUAGAGACACCCCACUACCGGGUGUAGAGACACCACUACCGGGUGUAGAGACACCACUACCGGGUGAAGGGACACCACUACCGGGUGUAGAGACACCACUACCGUGUGUAGAGACACCACUACCGGGUGAAGGGACACCACUACCGGGUAUAGAGACACCACUACCGGGUAUAGAGACACCACUACCGUGUGUAGAGACACCACUACCGGGUGAAGGGACACCACUACCGGGUGAAGGGACACCACUACCGGGUGUAGAGACACCACUACCAGGUGUAGAGACACCACUACCGGGUGAGGGACACCACUACCGGGUGUAGAGACACCACUACCGGGUGUAGAGACACCACUACCGUGUGUAGAGACACCACUACCGUGUGUAGAGACACCACUACCGUGUGUAGAGACACCACACUACCGUGUGUAGAGACACCACUACCGGUGUAGGACGACCACUACGUGUGUGAGACACCCUACUGAAGACCUACCGUGUGUAGAGACACCCCACUACCUUUGUAGAGCACCCCCUAGUUAGAGACACCCCACUACCUGUGUAGAGACACCCCACUACCUGUGUAGAGACACCCCACUACCGGGUGUAGAGACACCCCCUACCUUGUGUAGAGACACCACUACUUGUGUAGAUGUAGAGAACCCCACUACCUUGGUUAGAAAAGACACCCACUACCGGGGGUAGAGACACACAUACCGGGUGUAGGGAGACACCCCCACUACCGGGUGUAGAGACACCCCACUACCAUGUGUAGAGACACCCCACUACCGGGUGUAGAGACACCACUACCAGGUCUGUCAGUCUCAGAAGCUUGUGCUGACUGGGCUGUAUGCUUAUUGAAAGGCAUUGUGUGUGUGUGUCAACUGUGUAUGUAUUAAGGUGUGUGUAACCCAUUCCCUCCCUCUCUCCUCCAGAGUGUGACAAGUUAAGGAAGGAUGGUUUCCGUAGCUCCCAGUACUACUCUCAGGGCCCCACCUUCUCUGGCAGGGCAGAGUCCCACAGCAGCCUGCAGGAUGAUGAGGACUACACAGACAAGAAGGUAACACACAGCGCGUGCACACACACACACACACACACACACACACACACACACACACAGCACUCAUAGAUAAAUACUUGCACACACCAAACUGGUAUCUGUCUGCCCUCCAGUGGUUUGAAGCAGAAGUGCACCACCUCUCUGUUUUUCCUCUACCAUUGCCGCCUGCCAGUCGGCUCUCUCAUUACCCCCCCCCCCCCCACGUGAAUUGUCAAAUAGUCAGAGAAGCCUUGUCCAGGAUGCCUACUUUCUUCGCUUACUCCCAACUCUUGUCCUCUUUUCUCUUCUCCAUAUUCCCACUCCUGCAGUCUCUUCUCCCUCCCUCCCUCCACGUGACUCGUCCAAUAGUGGGGGUCCUGACGGGGUCAGACGAGGUUGUUGAAGGGGGUCUUUCUGUGGUAGAAUGAGGUGCCUCUCGCCCCCUAACCCUGCUCUCUAUUGUCCCUCUCUCCAAACUGCCCCCCUCUUUCCCUGGACUGCUCCCACACCUCCUUACGCUCUCAUCCAUCCCCAGCUUUUUCCUUUGACCCAAGCCACCCCCAACCCCCUUCCCCCACCUCUCUUGUUGCCCCCAUUUCCUCACCCCUGUUCUGUUUUCCCCAGGCUAGUGAGCCUAACUCUGGUUGACAGCAGCUCCCUAGCUCAAAGGGGAAACUGGGUUACUGUGUAGACCCAUAAUGGCCCCUAAUGGUGGGGGCAACUCUGUAGGCUACAACACAACACAACACACUGCUUGCUUCCUUGGAAUCUCCACCCGGCUCUCCUCUCCUCCCUCUGACUAUCCCAUGUUUGUUUUCAUCCGUUGAGCUGGUGUUGUCACCCCCCACCCGUUGGGACUGAAAACAUGACUGCACGCCCGCUCAGAAUCUACCUGUAAUUCCGAUGAGGUUUGCAUUUGGGAAUAGCGGGAUGGUGGUGUGGUGGGAGCUUCAAGAAUUUCCCACUAACAUUCUGGAAUGAUAGUGGAACGUAACAGAGAGUGAACUUUCCGGAUAGUUUUUACUGGACGGGUGGCACCUAGUCGAGUAAGUUAAAAGUGAUAGUGUGUCAGGCUGCGAUGCUGUUGGAGAGGUAGGUAUCAUUUGUUUUGAGAUGGAAGAAGGAACCAAUGUAUUUUACAAAAUGUAUACUGGAAUAUGAUUUUGAUAAUUGUAGAUACAGUUGAAGUCGGAAGUUUACAUACACCUUAGCCAAAUACAUUUAAACUCAGUUUUUCACAAUUCCUGACAUUUAAUCCUAGUAAAAAUUCCCUGUCCUCGGUCAGUUAGGAUCACCACUUUAUUUUAAGAACGUGAAAUGUCAGAACAUUAGGAGGAUUCUAUGACUGACUGACCAGGUGAACGCUAUGAUCCCUUAUUGAUGUCACCUGUUAAAUCCACUUCAAGCAGUGUAGAUGAAGGGGAGGAGACAGGUUAAAUAAUACUUUUUAAGCCUUGAAUGGAGUAUGGUAGUAGGUGCCAGGCGUAGGGCUGUUACGGUGAACGUAUAACCGCCACACUGGCGGUCACAAGUCAUGAUUGCAGUCAAAUUCCAUGUGACCGUUUAGUCACGGUAAUUACAAUUGAAGCCAAAUACAUUUAAACUCAGUUUUUCACAAUUCCUGACAUUUAAUCCUAGUAAAAAUUCCCUGUCCUAGGUCAGUUAGGAUCACCACUUUAUUUUAAUUGUCAGAAUAAUAGUAGAGAGAAUGAUUUAUCUAAGCUUUUAUUUAUUUCAUCACAUUCCCAGUGGGUCAGAAGUUUACAUACACUCAAUUAGUAUUUGUAGCAUUGCCUUUAAAUUGUUUAACUUGGGUCAAACGUUUCGGGUAGCCUUCCACAAGCUUCCCACAAUAAGUUGGGUGAAUUUUGGCCCAUUCCUCCUCACAGAGCUGGUGUAACUGAGUCAGGUAGGUAGGCCUCCGUGCUCGCACACGCUUUUUCAGUUCUGCCCACAAACUUUCUAUAGGAUUGAGGUCAGGGCUUUGUGAUGGCCACUCCAAUACCUUGAAUUUGUUGUCCUUAAGCCAUUUUUCCACAACUUUGGAAGUAUGCUUAGAGUCAUUGUCCAUUUAGAAGACCCAUUUGCAACCAAGCUUUAACUUCCUGACUGAUGCCAUCUAUUUUGUGAAGUGCACCAGUCCCUCCUGCAGCAAAACACCCCCACAGCAUGAUGCUGCCACCCCCGUGCUUCACGGUUGGGAUGGUGUUCUUCGGCUUGCAAGCACCCCCUUUUUCCUCCAAACAUAACGAUGGUCAUUAUGGCCAAACAGUUCAAUUUUUGUUUCAUCAGACCAGAGGACAUUUCUCCAAAAAGUACGAUCUUUGUCCCCAUGUGCAGUUGCAAACCAUAGUCUGGCUUUUUUAUGGCGGUUUUGGAGCAGUGGCUUCUUCCUUGCUGAGCGGCCUUUCAGGUUAUGUCGAUAUAGGACUCGUUUUACUGUGGAUAUAGAUACUUUUGUACCUGUUUCUUACAGCAUCUUCACAAGGUCCUUUGCUGUUGUUCUGAGAUUGAUUUACACGCACCAAAGUACGUUCAUCUCUAGGAGACAGAGCGCGUCUCCUUCCUGAGCGGUAUGACGGCUGCGUGGUCCCAUGGUGUUUAUACUUGCGUACUAUUGUUUGUACAGAUGAACUUGGUACCUUCAGGCGUUUGGAAAUUGAAGGAUGAACCAGACUUGUGGAGGUCUACAAUUUUUUUCUGAGGUCUUGGCUGAUUUCUUUUGAUUUUCACAUGAUGUCAAGCAAAGAGGCACUGAGUUUGAAGGUAGGCCUUGAAAUACAUCCACAGGUACACCUCCAAUUGACUCAAGUGAUGUCAAUUAGCCUAUCAGAAACUUCUAAAGCCAUGACAUAAUUUUCUGGAAUUUUCCAAGCUGUUUAAAGGCACAGUCAACUUAGUGUAUGUAAACUUCUGACCCAUUGGAAUUGUGAUACAGUGAAUUAUAAGUGAAAUAAACAGUCUGUAAACAAUUGUUGGAAAAAUUACUUGUGUCAUGCACAAAGUAGAUGUCCUAACCGACUUGCCAAAACUAUAAUUUGUUAAUAAGAAAUGUGUGGAGUGGUUGAAAAACAAGUUUUAAUGACUCCAACCUAAGUGUAUGUAAACUUCCGACUUCAACUGUAUGUGUCUAAAAUAUCUGUCAGCCUGUUUGGUUGGUGCCCAGGGUUCUAGAGAAAGCCAAGGUGCUGCAGUGAGAAGUUUGGUGGCGCUGCUCUUCUCGUAUCUCUGCACUGUAGAUGUGAUGCGCUCAGAUUGAGAACUCACAGCCCGUCAACACAGUUUAACGCAUGAGAGCAUCUCUCUCGCUCUGUUACUCUCCUUUUGUUUUCUCAUUCUCUUGCUCCUCCUUGCUAUCAGUUUGUCUGGGUGUGCAUGUGAAUGUGUGUAUGAUUGACCGUGAAACAUGUUUAUAGACUCUCUGGCACAAAGGUCAGAACGCUGCAGUAAACAUAGUGGUGUGUGUGGUUGUUUUGGCAAUAAUGAACACAGUGCUGGAAGAGGUUUAAAGCGUUUAUAGAAAGGAGGGCAGACCCAGUGGGGGCAGGUGCAACACACACACACACACACUCCUUCCACCUACAGGCUCAGGUGUGUUGCUUCAGGCUCAGUCUGAAGCUCAACUCUCCUCUUUCCCUCUCCUUCCCAUCUCUCUCCUCUUUCCCUCUCCUUCCCAUUCCUCUCUUCCCUCUCCUUCCCAUCCCUCCCUUUCCCUCUCCUCUUUCUCCUCCUCCUUCCCAUCUCUCGCCUCUUCCCUCUCUUCCAUCUCUCUCCUCUUCCCUCUCCUCCAUCUCUCCCUCUUUCCCUCUCCUCACUCCCUCUUUCCCUCUCCUUCCCAUCUUCUCCUCCUGCCUCUCUUCCAUCUCUCCUCCCAGCUCCCUCUUUCCCCCUCCCUUCUCUCCUCCCUCUUCUUCCCCUUCUUCCCUCUCCUCUUUCCCUCUCCUUCCCAUCUCUCUCCUCUUUCCCUCUCCUUCCCAUCUCUCUCCUCUUUCCCUCUCCUUCCCAUCUCUCUCCUCUUUCCCUCUCCUUCCCAUCUCUCUCCUCUUUCCCUCUCCUUCCCAUCUCUCUCUCUUUUAUCUCCCUUCCUCUUUACUCCUUUUCAUUCCUGUGUACCCGUCUCUUCUUUCUUUUCCUCCCUCUCACUACUCUCUCAUCCCUCUCUCCUCUCCUCCAGUCCACGGCCUCGUCAACGGAGGAUGACAAGUCCCUGCACCCCAUGAGGCCCCAGACCCCCCAGGAAGAGGAGGGGAUAGAUGAGUGUGACGGACAGGUGCGCUACUACAAGGCCCCACCCCUCCCCACCCCUGAGGAGAAGAUGAGGAUGCAGGCUCAGGCCGUGCCCACUGACAUCAUCCCUAUCAACGUCACAGGUAGGCCACGCCCCCUGGCCACCACACCAACAAUAGUGACCAUUUUAUGUCCUAGGUUGAACAUGCCCACAACUACCGAUGCUAUUCAACCAAUGAAAUAGGAGUCUUGGUCUUGAAGCAAUCCUUUUUUUCACUUUUAACCCUUCUCUGUGUUUGAAUGGACAUACUGAUAAUUGCAUCCACAUGCAUAGAGCAUUGUGUUUUCUGUCUGUCAGUGUGUGUUAUCCUCCCCCUGUUUUUCUUCCCUCUUAUUCUCUCGCUCUCUGACCAUCCCCCUGCUGAGUGUGUGUUUGUGAGCGUGCUCAGUCUAUCCCAGUGUUCGAGAGAAAGCGAUAGCAGUCAAAGGUCAAGGCAGCUCCAUGGCUGUAUCUCAAACCAUGGGGCGCCUGACAGAGACCGACACUACUACACACACACACUACAAACACACACACAUACACACACCACCACCACCACCAGUACAAGGUGAUAGAGAUAACCACACACCAUCUCAGGCACCAACACAGACACCAUGCUGCUGUAUCUCCCACCCACUAAUACAUCAGCUCUGCUAGUGACAUCUGUCACUCAGAAGUCAGUCUGAGACUGGGCCUCCCAUGACACACACAAACACACAUUUUCUCUCCCUCUAACUCCCUCUGUCAGCUCUGGCUCAGUGGUGUUUGUCCUGUCCUCUGACUCAGUUUGUUGCUAGCACACACACUCUAGAGGGCAUAGAGAGAGAGAGCUGUCUAAGGCUAGAUGCUGCCACAAAGUAGCACCGACAGCUCCUAAGAGUAUCAAUAGUAAAUUAGUGUUAACAUGUAUUUGAAUACAUGUAAUUGUGAGACCUAUUAAAUCUGGUGUGUGUAACGUGCUAUUGAUUGGAUUAAAAUCAGUGUUUCAAGUUAACAAAAUGUCAACGUCAUAUCUAAUCAAAUGAAAUCAAAAAGACUGAUGUUUGAAAUGUGAGCGUGUUAGACUCAAUCUGUCUAUAUGGCAGUUUCCAUAUCACUUUCUCACCAUCCAUCGAAAAGAGCAGCUUCACAGAGACUGAACUAACUAACUGUCUGUAUGUUUGGUCUUGUAUGUGUGUGUGGCUGUGUGGGAUACUCUCUCUCUUUUAGUUUCUCUGUUUGUCUGUGUAUCACGCCCCUGUCUAUGUCCUCUGCAUGUGUGUUAUACAGCAUGCAUUUCUAGAUAUAUGUAACUGUGUCUACUCUCUCUUGUUCUGUCACUCUGCAUGUAUGAACAGAACUGCACGUGUGUUUGUAUCACUAACGGGCUGGUUUUUGUUUGCCGGUGUUCUGCCUGCCUGCUCUCGCCCUCCCGGCCACUAGGGGCAACGUUUGACCGGCAGGCCAGCAUCCGCCGCUCCCUCAUUAACACUGACACAGUCUCCCGCCGGCCCAAGAAGGUCAAACGCAGAAAGACUAUAUCAGGGCUGCCUGACAACAUCUGCACCGAACUAGGUAUGGUAUAUACCCAGAGCUGUUCUGCAUCCCGCUCUCACUAGUCCUCCCGUCCUUCCCUCAUCCCUGACCCAGACAGCUAGUCCAUCCACCAGCCUGCCUCACACCUCUGGCUGGUUUAGUGACUAGUUUGACUCCCCCACAUUGUAAAGUCUCCUGUAGAACCACCACCAUUGCUCUUUCUCAAAGUCCUCUUCCCUAUUCUAGAAUUUCUACAUAUGCCUUCUCAUGCUAGAAUCUUGACAUUUGACAUCUAGAAGCUCUUCAUAAGCCCCCCUGCUCCGCCCCUGAUAGUAAAAUCUCUACUGGCAUCUGUCAUUGUAGGAUCUCUACUUCCUCAAAUCUAGUAGUCCAGAGUCUGACAUCACUCCUUUUCCCAUGACCGCUAAGGGCCCGGUCUCUGCGCUGUCCUCCUUCCUUAGCCAUGAUAAGUGUAUCUAAUGUGAACACAAAUUUUUUUGAAUAUCUGGUGACUUACGAGACCGGCGCUGGUAAGAAGUCUAGUGAAUCUAAACGGGCACUUAUUCGUGUGUGUUAAUCCCUGGGAUACACUGAUAAUCUAAGCAUGCCACAGUGUGUCCCACACACCCCACCACUAAACCCUGCAUCUAAUCCCAGCAUUCCUACCACAGAUGAUAUCAUUCUAUGUUCAUAUUUCCACAACUGUGUAAUGCACACUGGCCUAUCAUGGGGGUUGGAUUGAGGCCAAUGGAGGGAGGGGGGAGAAUGACAGGGGAGGUUAAGUAGGAAAGGGUAUACUCAUCAAGAUGUGGGGUGAAAGGACAAGAUUGGUUUUCUGUCACAAUCAAAAUCAACACACAGUCAAGAAUACAUGUCCUAUUGUGGAUUUUACUGUACAAUUGGUCUUAACCCCAACCAAAACCCACCUCUCCUCUCCUCUGUCUCCCCAGAGGCUUAGGGGAUACGCCAGACGAAGAUGGUGUGAAUGUUUCCCUUUCCCCCUUCUGUGCGUUUGUUAUUGUCAGCUGUUGUUAUGAUAGCCCCACCCUUCUAACGCCCCCUGACCUUUCACCCCUAAUCCUCAGAACAGAUGGGCUGAAGAACAAACAGAGGGGUCAGGGUUCCACACCCCUGCUAAUAGCUAUGCUACACUAAGUUAAGCUAACCCUAUUAAGCUAUGGAUGACUGGGGACUCUCCUCGCUGUAGGAUGUGAUCAGUGCAGCUGAUAGGCAGAGCUUUGAAGCCUUAUUAUACAGACAGACAGGUCUGAAAGACCAGACAGACAGGUCUGAAAGACCAGACAGACAGGUUUGAAAGACCAGACAGACAGGCUUGGAAGUCCUGAUUACUGUUAGAUGGUAAGUCCUUGCCUCAGUGAGUGAGACACCCAGGCUGUCUGUGAAGUAGAAACCUGCAACUUAAUCUAUCUCCUACAGCAGCGCUGUCACUCUCUGCCUUAGGGAGGGGGAGGUAGGUGUGUGUGUGAAUGUUUAGGGAGCAUGAGCAUCAACAGGCAGCCAGCACAGAUUGCCGAUACAUCAGAUAUCCUCUCCUAUUUUACACCAUAUUUUUCACUUUGUUUAUUUAUGUACGGGUGUGGGUGUGGGUGUGUGUGAGCUGCCCAAUGCCUUACCAGCUGCCCACACCCUGAGGACCAUUCUCUUUCCGAUCAGACGGAGCCAGAGUAGGAGGGAAAGGAUAGCGGGAGUCUGCCUUCUGGCGUCUGUCCUCUUCUCUCUCUGUCCCACUUUUCCUCUCUCUCCUCUCUCUCUCCAUCUCUCUUUCUCUAUCUCUCUCCAUCUCUGUCCUAAUGAAGACGACCAGCGGUUAUUAGCCCAUCAGACAGGGCCGCAGCAAAUCAAAUUAAUUAGCCUCUUAGACACAGCUAAUCUGAUCGACAGCCUGCCAGAGAGAGGGGGAACAAGGGAGAGGAAAUUAGAGAGAGGGAGAGGAGGAAGCUGGAGGUAUUUUGAUUGCUCAUAUGUUAAACCUCUCUCUCUCUCUAUCUUUCUGUCUCUUCUGCAGUGGGGAAAGGACGUGGGGGCGAGCUCCGGCCACAUUCCAUGUUCAUCCCGGGACAGUAUUCCACAUUGGGAAGAGUCGGGAGCGUCAACUCAUCGCUCAGGCAUUCCGAGACAAGGGAUUCUGGUUGCCAGACUGAGGAGGUGAAGAUCGUUCCGCCGUCCAUGCGGAGAAUCCGGGCUCAACGGGGACAAGGAAUCGCAGCCCAGAUGGCUGGAAUUUCCACAUCCUCGUCUACAGGAAGCAUCUCCGUCUCCAGUAGCGACGGCUGUUCCGGAAUGCUGGUCCUACCCCCGCAUCUGAAUGUAGAUGCCCAGCGCUUCCACAGUCUUCCCAGACCCGGGCCAAGGGUGUCUCUCAGUGCUGAGCUCAUCUACAGCAGCACCCCCAUCAGGCCGGAAGACCACAAUGCACCCCAGAGGCAGAUCGGCAAGCUGCAGGUGGACAACACCGUGGUGCAUCUGAGAAACGCCCCCAAGACAGGUACUCUGCCACGGCCCAAGUCUCAGGAGGUGCGGGGGUCCCAGACAGGGGACUGGGGUGGUGGUCCGGCAUGUGUGGUGUCCCCCCACGCUGCCUACUCCACAUCCCUCAUCCCCAACGCCACCAUGUCCUUCUCUGCCGAGGUUGUGACCCUCCAUAAGUCCUCCAGCCAGCACCCCCAGUCCCCCGGGACGGCCUACCCCACCUCCAGGCCUCUCAGUCUGGCCGCGAGCACCAGCAUGGACCCCCUGAGCUCCACCUCCUUCACCCACAGGACCACCUGCCCUGCCCGGGCCACCUCCACACCAACACACACACAUCCCCAAGACGGAGGGGUGAUUUCCCCGGCAACGCCCAGCGAAUCGGGCUGCUCGGAUGGCAGCCUGCACAGCCACACAAGCACCAUCGCCGCGACGACUCCGUCCUCGGCCGACGACCAGUGGUCAAUCUACGACACGCCGGAGAACGUGGUCCUGCCCCGGCGUCCUCUGACCUCUAGCUGCUCCACUCCCAUCAACCACCUGAACAGCAGCCUGGAGCUGUCGUCCCGCACCACCACCGACUCCAGCUCCCUGUACUCCCAGGACAACGACGGCUACUACACCUCAAUGCACCUGGACUCUGGCCUGCGCUCCAGGAGCCAUGGUAGCGGGCAGGGCCACGGGGUGGUAGCCGGCCGGACUGCCAGACACAGCAUGUACGAGUGCCGCGAGCUGCCUAGCCACGAGGAAGAUUCUAACAGUCUAUACAGCGACCGCUCACUGUCCCGCAGCAUCUCUCUCCGUAAGGCCAAGAAGCCGCCGCUGCCCCCGGCCAGGACCGACUCCCUCCGCCGCAAGCCUGGCGGGAAGAAGCCCCUGGGUGGAGUUAGUGCAGUUAGCGGGGUUAAUGUGAGCGCUAACGGAUCGGUGCUGAACGAGACAUUGAUCGCUAGCCUGCAGCAGAGCCUCCAGAUGGGAUUGAGAGAUCGAAAGGGGAAGGGCGUGUCCCCUUCCUCGCCCUCCCACAGCCCGUGCAGCGACUACGAGGACCCCUGGUUGCUGCGACCACGGAGCCAGAGCAGUGUGAGCGCCGCCAGCUCCGCCGCGUCGCUAGCGGCUAACAACACUAACAGUUGCGUAGUGGCUAAUGUGUACUCACUCUGUCAUGUGACGCCAGCUCACAGCGACACCAGCAGCCUGCGCUCCGAUUACGCAGAGUCCUGGGGCUACUACAUGGAUUACCCCCGUAACCAUGGAGACCAGGGGCCGCAGUCCCCCUCCAUUCACCAACACCACCCUGCUGCCAACAUUGUAGCGGGCACACACCCGAGGGGUCUGUCGAAUGGAAGUGGGAGUCUCCACAAUCACAUCAAUAUCCAGGCCUCGGUCCCUCCAGCCCAGGAGGGAGGUGUGGCGGUCAAGCCCAAGACGGCCACCUCUUCCCCGGACAGGAUCCAUAGACUGACUUCCCCCUCCAGCGGCUACUCCAGCCAGUCCAACACCCCCACGGCCGGCACCCCCGUGCCCUCCUUCAUGAGGUCCCACUCACCCUCGGGGCGGCCCAAGCCCAAAGUGCCUGAGAGGAAGUCUUCACUCCUGUCAUCCAUUUCCAUCUCCUCCUCCUCCACCUCCCUCUCCUCAAACGCCUCUGACUCUCUCAGGAACUCUGGCCCACCUCCUGCUCCCCUGCCUCCCACCUCAGCACCCACCAAACCCAUCAGCCCCCCACCUCCUUUCCCUGCUCCUCUCCCCCCAUCCAGCCCCAGCUCUCCCCCUCUGCCCCUCGCACCUCCAUUACCCACAACCCCUCAGGGCACCCCCAUGAGCCCGCCCCCUUACUCCACCUCUCCAGACUUCCCUCCCCCUCCACCUCCAGAUUCCCUUAUCCACCCCAGCCUCUCCUUCAAUGGGACCCUCAGUCCUCCUCCUCAUCCACCUCCAUUCCCCUCCAUGGUCCCCUCUCCUCCACCACCUCCCCCCCUGCCUGCCCCUGCUCCACCCACAGCCUCCCCUCUCACCCUGAAGGCAGCAAAGAACGCUCUAAAACCAGCUGCGUUCACUAACAGCCCAGCAGCCAAGGAGGCCGGCAAGUCCCCCAUGCCCCUGAUCACCCCAUUCGCCCUGCAGAGUGUGCGGCCUCCGCUCAGUCAAGCGGCCAGAGGAGCAAGUCAACGGCAAGGCGGAACAUACCAAAGCUCAGGAAACGGGGGGCAACCAGUUCUGGGCCCUCAAGCCCCACACGCCGGAGAAGCUUAAGCAGCUGGAGCAUCCCACUAUGCUGCCCCUGAUGAACUGCACCAGUCCAGAGGAAAUCACCAAGGCCUCAUCAUCUGCUGUGAAGAAGCUCUUCGCUGAACUGUCCGCGGACGGCAGUGACUCUGAGGUGCUGCCUGGGGGCGCCAUCACCAACGGUAAACCUGAGGAACAGAGCCUGUCCAACAGCUCAGCCCAACCAGAUCAGGAGGGGCAGUCACCCCUCCCAAGCCCCGUGGAGGAGGCAAUCAAAAUCCCCCCAGUCAAACAGAAACCCUCAGUGGUCUCCAAGAAGCCCAAACUGUCUCUUGUCACCCCCCAGUCUGUGGUGGGAGAGGAGACCGCCCAGACUACCACCACACUGAGCCCCCAGGAUGAGACCACCCUCAGCCACCACAGAAGAAGACCAGGUGGACGCUAAAGUGAGAGAGGAAGAGACUAAGGAGGAGGGAAAUGAGGAGAAAGAGCAGGAGGAAGAUGAGGUUUCAGAGAGUUCCUCAGCCCUGACAGAGUGUAGUGAACCCUUCACCUCCACGAAGAGCCAGAAGGAGACCCAGCCUCCGGCCACCGUCACACAGGAGACAAGCCUCGCUGAGGGGCAGGAGCAAAACAGAGAGGCUGAGGAAGAGGAGGAAGAGGAGGAAGAAGAUGAGGAAGAUGGGACCAGCAGUACCACUGGAUCAGUCAGCUCUAAGGACGACGAGAGUGGUGAGUUAGAUUUAAUUUGUAUUAUUAACACCAAAAAUACUCAAAUUAAAUUCAGAUAAAAUUGAAUAAAAUUGAAUGUUUUGAAGAAAUAAAAUGGGACAUCUGUUUUGUAAAUUACAUUGAGGCAGCUUACAAUCAAACUGUUGGUUGCUGAGUUCAAGGUCUAGUCUGUCAUCAUUAGCAGCUAUUCAGUGCUGACUGAUGGUGGCAGGUGUUUGUUAGCUGUGCUGACAGUUUGCGUUGGCUGAGGUAAAAGGCAGUUGAGAGAUACAGUUGAAGUCGGAAGUUUACAUACACUUAGGUUGGAGUCAUUAAAACUCGUUUUUCAACCACUCCAAAAAUGUAUUGGUUGAGGGAAUGCCAAGAGUGUGCAAAGCUGUCAUCAAGGCAAAGGGUGGCUAUUUGAAGAAUCUCUAAUAUAAAAUAUAUUUUGAUUUGUUUAACACUUUUUUGGUUACUACAUGAUUCCAUAUGUGUUAUUUCAUAAUUUUGAUCUCUUCACUAUUAUUCUACAAUGUAAAAAAUAGUACAAAUAAAGAAAAACCCUUGAAUGAGUAGGUGUGUCCAAACUUUUUGACUGGUACUGUAUGUAUGAAAUUAGUUUUGAUUUAGAAUGGACCAUCUAUGCACUUAAAUAGCGAAUGGAGGAUGCUUUUCCCAUGGUUCAUUUUCAUGCCAGCCAGGUAGGCUAUACUCCUGUUGUAAAGCGAAGCAAUGAGCUUAAUAUUAGGAAAGUUGAUAAAUAAAUAUAGUAGACCUAGCCUAUAGAAAGCUGAUGGGAUCCUCUCUUUUUAAUAGAGGCAAUUAAAACUGUUUUCUCAGGUAAUUGCAUAGCCUAUAGAAAUGUUGCGCAACAUGAACUCAUGGGCUCUCAAUACGUGUUUGAUUCGAUUUUCGAUAACAUUUGCAUUGAUGUCAGUGAUUAGAGCGACAAUAGAGUGCUACCAGGCAGUUAGCAAGUUUGGUAGGCUACUAAUGACCAUCAGCAGCAUCAGAGCUUGGAGAAGCCUACAGUUGAGGUCGGAAGUUUACAUACACUUAGGUUGGAGUCAUUAAAACCCGUUUUUCAACCACUCCACACAUUUCUUGUUAACAAACUAUAGUUUUGGCAAGUCGGUUAUCUACUUUGUGCAUGACACAAGUAAUUUUUCCAACAAUUGUUUACAGACAUUUUAUUUCACUUAUAAUUCACUGUAUCACAAUUCCAGUGGGUCAGAAGUUUACAUACACUAAGUUGACUGUGCCUUUAAACAGCUUGGAAAAUUCCAGAAAUGAUGUCAUGGCUUUAGAAGCUUCUGAUAGGCUAAUUGACAUCAUUUGAGUCAGUUGGAGGUGUACCUGUGGAUGUAUUUCAAGGCCUACCUUCAAACUCAGUGCCUCUUUGCUUGACAUCAUGGGAAAAUCAAAAGAAAUCAGCCAAGACCUCAGAAAAAAAUGUGUAGACCUCCACAAGUCUGGUUCAUCCUUGGGAGCAAUUUCCAAACGCCUGAAGGUACCACGUUCAUCUGUACAAAAAAUAGUACGCAUGUAUAAACACCAUGGGACCACGCAGCCGCCAUACCGCUCAGGAAGGAGACGCGUUCUGUCUUCUAGAGAUGAGCGUACUUUGGUGCGAAAAGUGCAAAUCAAUCCCAGAACAACAGCAAAGGACCUUGUGUAGAUGCUGGAGGAAACAGGUACAAAAGUAUCUAUAUCCACAGUAAAACGAGUCCUAUAUCGACAUAACCUGAAAGGCCGCUCAGCAAGGAAGAAGCCACUGCUCCAAAACCGCCAUAAAAAAAGCCAGACUACGGUUUGCAACUGCACAUGGGGACAAAGAUCGUACUUUUCUGAGAAAUGUCCUCUGGUCUGAUGAAACAAAAAUAGAACUGUUUGGCCAUAAUGACCAUUGUUAUGUUUGGAGGAAAAAGGGGGUGCUUGCAAGCCGAAGAACACCAUCCCAACCGUGAAGCACGGGGGUGGCAGCAUCAUGCUGUGGGGGUGCUUUGCUACAGGAGGGACUGGUGCACUUCACAAAAUAGAUAGCAUCCUGAGGAAGGAAAAUUAUGUGGAUAUAUUGAAGCAACAUCUCAAGACAUCAGUCAGGAAGUUAAAGCUUGGUUGCAAAUGGGUCUUCCAAAUGGACAAUGACCCUAAGCCUACUUCCAAAGUUGUGGCAAAAUGGCUUAAGGACAACAAAUUCAAGGUAUUGGAGUGGCCAUCACAAAGCCCUGACCUCAAUCCUAUAGAAAAUAUGUGGGCAGAACUGAAAAAGCAUGUGCGAGCAAGGAGGCCUACAAACCUGACUCAGUUACACCAGCUCUGUCAGGAGGAAUGGGCCAAAAUUCACCCAACUUAUUGUGGGAAGCUUGUGGAAGGCUACCUGAAACGUUUGACCCAGGUUAAACAAUUUAAAGGCAAUGAUACCAAAUACUAAUUGAGUGUAUGUAAACUUCUGACCCACUGGGAAUGUGAUGAAAUAAAUAAAAGCUGAAAUAAAUAAUUCUCUCUACUAUUAAACUGACAUUUCACAUUCUUAAAAUAGAGUGGUGAUCCUAACUGACCUAAGACAGGGAAUUUUUACUAGGAUUAAAUGUCAGGAAUUGUGAAAAACCUGAGUUUAAAUGUAUUUGGCUAAGGUGUAUGUAAACUUCCGACUUCAACUGUAGGUUACAUUGCUAGACAUUAGCUGUGCUUAAGGCUAGGGGCUUUAGCUGGGGUUUCCAGCUGUCCCUCGGUCCUUCUUCAAAUCCCACUUCAGGGCAGGACGAAGGGCAGGUAUUGGGGCCAGCUUCCUCCAAGCUGGUCUUAGACUGCCUGCUCUCUCUCUGACUGUGAAGGUAUAUAAAAGGUGUAGACGGAAGACAGGGUUAGCAACACAAUACAGAUUCCCUUUAUUGAAUGUGAUCAAAGGUUUAGGAUAUUCCUGGAAGGAUGCAUAGGGAAGGCCUCCCUGUAUCUCUGGUUUUAACUGAAUCUUGAACUAGAAGAAGCUGCCAUCAGGGCUGGCAGGAGUCGAAGCGUCUCCGCAAACAGUGCCCAAAAAAGAAAUGGUCUCAAAACAUAGUUUGCCCAUUUAGUGCUAAUGUAGCAUGGUGCCGCCUGGUUGUUGUCUGUUCUGUGUCAUUGAGCUAGCCAGAGAGGCAUCAUACCUGCCUGCCUCCUCCUCUUCCCCCAAGUGAGAGCUCAGCUUAGUGAGGGACAGCACUGCGGCAGAUGCCUGGAUUUAUCAUCUCUCUCAAUUCAGUUCAAAGGGGCUUUAUUGACAUGAGAAACAUGUUUACAUUGCCAAAGCAAGUGAAAUAAACAAUUUUAAAAAAAUCUCUCACUCCAUCCUCACUCCAUCUUCUGUUGUUCUGGUUUGUUUUAUGCUCUCACUGUCUCAUUCAAUUCUAAUCUGUCUCCCCUAUGUCCUUUCUAUUACUGGACUCUCCUUUUCUCUCUCACCUCUGCUUCCCUCUGUCCACCCCAUCUAUCCUUAUGUCCAACUAUCUAUUUUAUACUGUACUUUCCUCUUUUCCAUCUGUCAUUCUCUCUGUCCUGUUGUCUUUUUUUUCUCUCUCUCUCUCUCUCUCUCUCUCUCUCUCUCUCUCUCUCUCUCUCUCUGUCUGUCUCUCUCUCUGUCUCUCUCUCUCUCUCUCUCUCUCUCUCUCUCUCUCUCUCUCUCUCUCUCUCUCUCUCUCUCUCUCUCUCUCUCUGGGAGGUAGGGGACAUCUGUCCUAGGGGAGGUCUGUUUAGUGGAGGGAGGCGGGGGAAUGUGGAGAGUAGGGGGAGGGGCCCACUGUAUAGGAGGGGAGGGGAGAUGAGAGGAGAUGUGGGUGGGGAGGGAGGGAGGGAGGGAGGGAGGGAGGGAGGGAGGGGGCGAGCGUAACAUGAGAUCGCCUGCAGCGGCUCAGGCAGUCGAAGUGCAGACACGAGCGAGGGAGGAGGAGGAGAGAAGCUCAACUAGAGGAGAGAGAGAGGGAGAGAAUGUAAGAAGCCAGUCCAGCACCACCUCUAUAUCUCUUAGGCACUCAGGUUACUUUUGCGGGAUAUCCGACCAUCGGUUAUGUGUGUGUGUUAGCUUGCUCCUCAGCUGCUGUCCGUGUGUGGGUGACAUGUGUCCUGUGUGCAUGUGUUUUUAUUUACCAGGUGAAGUGUUUGACUAUUGUAGGGCUGUGUAAUGCUUGUAUUCGUUCCUCGGUCGGUGUGUAUGUAUUGUGUAUGUGUUCUCUCAUCAGGGUGUGUAACGUGUUUCUAAUGUGUGUGUGUCUAAUAUGUGUGUGUCUCCUAGGUGAGGUGUUUGAUUCAAGCAGCACUGCUGAGUCUUCGCCGGCCCCCAGCACCAACAGGACCCCCAGGCGGGGGGAUAUGGUGACCCCCACACGCCCCCGAACUACCGAGGACCUCUUUGCUGCCAUCCACAGGUACGUAAUGGCACGGUCACCAUCUCUCAACUUUCCAUUUAUUUACUCCCUAUACCCCUCUAUCCUCCUCAACCAGCUCUCUCUCUCUCAUAUUCACAACACUCUCAUCCCUCUCCUAUCCUCCUCAACCACCCCACUGCACUAUAGCUUUCUCUUACUGCUCUUUCUAUCUUUCUCUCUGUCGCAGCAUGACAGUCAUCCUAACCUCUGUACCUUCCCUUCAUCUUGCCAUUCUCCUCAGUCCAUCACUCCUCUCCCUCCCAUACGUUUAGCCAGGCUGUCCUUUUUAUUAAUUUAAACAAAUCUUUAUCUUUAACUCUGCAUUGUUGGCAAAGGACCCAUAAUUAAGCAUUUCACUGUUAGUCUACACCUGUUGUUAACGAAGCAUGUGAGAAAUACAAUUUGGUUUGAUUUGUACAUUUGUCAGGCGGUAGGCAGGUGUCUGGUGUCCCUGGGUCUGGCAGCCAGGCAGUGGAGAGCUUUUCUCUGUAACGUGUCUGUUAGACAGAGAUGGGCUCACUGGGAAGAGAAACCAGUAGUAGUUAAUGGGUGCUGGUGAAGGGAUACUGGAUGGUAGAUGGUAGCUAGUAGCUUCAUUUAGCAAUGCGCAUGCCCCGCCCACCUGAGGAUCUGUGUUUUUCAGUCAUCUAUUUCCUGUGUUUGAGAGGUGCAAACACACCCUGGUAAUGGCUGAAAUGGGUUUAAUGGAAUACAUUGUAUUUCCGUUGCGUCUAUAAGAACACUAAAGCUUCGUCAGGGAUUUAACACGUCUUCUCGACACUUACAGUGCCUUCGGAAAGUAUUCAGACCUCUUGACUUUGUCCACAUUUUGUUACGUUACAGCCUUAUUCUAAAAUGGAUUUAAAAAAUAUAUAUUCCUCAUCAAUCUACACACAAUACCCCAUAAUGACAAAGCAAAAACAGGUUUUUAGAAAUGUUAGCAAAUGUAUAAAAAAAUAUAAAAAACGGAAAUAUCACAUUUACAUAAGUAUUCAGACCCUUUACUCAGUACUUUGUUGAAGCACCUUUGGCAGCGAUUACAGCCUCGAGUCUUCUUGGGUAUGACGCACCUGUAUUUGGGGAGUUUCUCCUAUUCUUCUCUGCAGAUCCUCUCAAGCUCUGUCAGGUUGGAUGGGGAGCAUCGCUGCACAGCUAUUUUCAGGUCUCCCCAGAGGUGUUCGAUCGGGUUCAAGUCCGGGCUCUGGCUGGGCUACUCAAGGACAUUCAGAGACUUGUCCCAAAGCCACUCCUUCGUUGUCUUGGCUGUAUGCGUAGGGUCAUUGUCCUGUUGGAAGGUGAACCUUCGCCCCAGUCUGAGGUCCUGAGCGCUCUGGAGCAGGUUUUCAUCAAGGAUCUCUCUGUACUUUUCUCCGUUCAUCUUUCCUUCGAUCCUGACUAGUCUCACAGUCCCUGCCGCUGAAAAACAUCCCCACAGCAUGAUGCUGCCACCACCAUGCUUCACCGUAGGGAUGGUAACAGGUUUCCUCCAGACGUGACGCUUGGCAUUCAGGCCAAAGAGUUCAAUCUUGGUUUCUUCAGACCAGAGAAUCUUGUUUCUCAUGGUCUGAGAGUCCUUUAGUUGCCUUUUGGUGAGGAGUGGCUUCCGUCUGGCCACUCUAUCAUAAAGGCCUGAUUGGUGGAGUGCUGCAGAGUGACUAUCAGGUUCUUGGUCACCUCCCUGACCAAGGCCCUUCUCCCCUGAUUGCUCAGUUUGGCCGGGCGGCCAGCUCUAGGAAGAGUCUUGGUGGUUCCAAACUUCUUCCAUUUAAGAAUGAUGAGGCCACUGUGUUCUUGGGGACCUUCAAUGCUGCAGAAAUUUGUUGGUACCCUUCCUCAGAUCUGUGCCUCGACACAAUCCUGUCUCAGAUCUCUACAGACAAUUCCUUCGACCUCAUGGCUUGGUUUUCGCUCUGACAUGCACUGUCAACUGUGGGACCUUAUAUAGACUGGUGUGUGCCUUUCCAAAUCAUCCAAUCAAUUGAAUUUACUACAGGUGGACUCCAAUCAAGUUGUAAAAACAUCUCAAGGAUGAUCAAUGGAAACAGGAUGCACCUGAGCUCAAUUUCGAGUCUCAUAGCAAAGGGUUUGAAUACUUAUGUAAAUAAGGUAUUUCUGUUUUUUAUGUAUUUUUUAUAUUUGAAACAUUUCUAAAACCAGUUUUUGCUUUGUCAUUAUGGGGUAUUGUGUGUAGAUUGAUGAGGAUUCUUAAAAAAUAUAUAUAUAUAUUAGAAUAAGGCUGGAACGUAACAAAGUGUGGAAAAGGGGAAGGGGUCUGAAUACUUUCUGAAUGCACUGUACAUCACAAGAAAGAUAAGAAAGAUAACUUUAUUUUGAUGGGUGUUCAUUUUUGGUGGAAUUGAAAAAAGUAAUUAUUUAAUACAGUUGACAUUUUUACAAAUUAGAUGCGCUGAAAUGAAAGCAACUUCCGAAAAACAAACACUCGUAUUAUAGUGAUCUGAUCUCGCAAACAAUAUAAAUUAUGCAUAGAUGGAUGUCAUUUAGAGCCAAGCAUGUUGAUUUUUAAUCUGAGGGUAUCCUGCUAUUGACACUUGUUGAAUUAUGCAACAGAACUUGACAACAACAGUCAUUAAUGAGGCAGUCUAGACAAUGCAGAUAGGCAUAGAAAGAGCACGUUUUGGUGGUUGCAGCCCUGUUCCACACCUUUAUGUUAAUCUAUUCAUAAAUGCAAAUACACCCAGUGUGUUUAUGCAAAUUAGGCACAUAUGAUUUUCUUUAUUUUAUAACAAAAUAUUUUUAAAAAAAAUACCUUACCAUUAGAAAAUGAAUAUACACAGUAUACAAAACAUUAAGGACACCUUCCUAAUAUUGAGUUGCCCCCCUCUAUUUUGCCCUCAGAACAGCCUCAAUUUGUCGGGGCAUGGACUCUACAAGGUGUCGAAAGCAUUCCACGGGGAUGCUGGCCCAUGUUGACUCCAAUGAUUCCCACAGUUGUGUCAAGUUGGCUGGAUGUCCUUUGGGUGGUGGACCAUUCUUGAUACACAUGGAAACUGUUGAGCGUGAAAAAACCCAGCAGCGUUGCAGUUCUACUACCAUACCACUCUUUGAAUGGCAUACAUACACAAUCCAUGUCUCAAUUGUAUCAAGGUUUUAAAAUAUUAUUAACCUGUCUCCUCCCCUUCAUCUAUACUGAUGGAAGUGGAUUUAACAGGUGACAUCAAUAAGGGAUCAUAGCAAGUGUUCCUAAUGUUUUGUACACUCAUUGUAUAAGUGCAUUCUAAGAAAAAAAAAGUUGCAUUUAACAAUAUAUGUUAAACCUGAAUUUCCACCAAAAUCCCUGAACUCCAUUCAUUAUUUUUCCGUGCCAGUAAAAUCUUGUAUGUGCUAUAAUUCAGUCAAUAUCUGAUGGAUAAAAUUAAAACUGUCCAACUGUUGCAUUAUUUUUUAAACCUUUUAACUAUUUUGAUGACUGUUGCUACUUCUUCUUAGUGGGUGAAAAGCUGAUGGUUCAUUCAUUAUUGAGCUAGUUGAACCUAGAUCAGAUCGAGGUUAGAGGCUUCACUUAAGAGCUUUUCUGUCUCUCACUCUCUCUCUGUCCUGUACACUCUGCUCUUCCAGUCCAUGUACUCUCUACGUUCUCACACAUGUGCAUGCGUUCAAUGGAGCAUACACACACAUCAUUUGCUCACGCAACCAACUGGCGUGUGUGUAUCCUGGUCACGUGCAGCGGUAUGAUGGUCAGAGAGCUCCCGAGAAUCACAGGAUUUCAUUUCAGGGGAUUUUAUUUCUGCUGGCUUUGGUGUGUGUGUAUGUGUAUGUGUCCAUCCUCUUGUGCGUUUGUGGGCUUUACCUUUCCUGGUGGAUUUCUCCUCACUCUAAUAUCUUUGUGUGCUAUAUUAGAGGCAAAGACAAGUUAGCCCUGUGAAGGAGGUAAGGAAGGAAGGCUAUAGUAAGUAGAUGUAGACAUUAGGGCACCAGCUGUUGCUGCUGACCAGAGGUAAACCCAGCACUGUUUGCCUUGUGCUCCCUCUAGCCUCUCUACUCUACUCCUCUCUGCGUUCUCUCCCUCUCACUCACUCAGAAACUGAUGAAAAAUGGAGGGAGAGAAUGAUUAAAACCUGAAUGGAUUGUUAUCACAACGACAGCAGGGGUAGGAUGGAGCUGGCUGGAGAGAUUCUCACAAUCAAACAUUGUACAGUGAGAAGAAAUCGGUGCACCACUCAAAACCUGUGUGAUGGUUGUGUGUGUUUGUAUUUCUUGAUACAUUGGAUUGGUAUUUCUGCCUUUCCCUUCUUUUCUCCAUCUGUCUUUCUCUCAUUCCCUUUUCUCUAUCUGUCUGUCCCUCUGAAAUUAAUUUUCUCUCCCCCCACUCCUUUUCUCUCACCUUACCACAUUCGUUGUGUUUGUCCUUUGUCUCUGUAGAAUUGUGUGUGUUUGUACUUUGUGUCUGUAGGUUUGUGUGUGUGUGUGUGUGUGUGUGUGUGUCAAUUGUUGGAACAGCAUCAGUCCGGGGAGUCAGAUGUGGAGUUGCCUGGGCCUGGUUAAAUCAGGUGUGAGAGAGCGAGUGAUGUUACGUAAUCCUGCUGCUAUAACCUAUGGGCUAAUGUACUGCUGGAGCUCUCAUGGGACACCACGGUGUUGACGUUGUAUUUGGGGCACAGACGUCCCUCAAACCUCCCAGCCCCAACUAACAGACUCCUAUCCAGUCUUCUCUCAUAUCUGGAUCUCUCUCUCUGUCAUUGACUCCAUAUUAUAUCAUGGAUAUAUCGUGCUUGUCUUUAUUUCUUCUUCUCUGUUAAAGACAGUUGAUUUACUUAAACCUCUCUGUCUUUGGACCUGAUCUGAAGGAUUAAAUGUUGCAUCUGUCUGCCUCAUUCACCCUCCUUCUCCUAUGUCAUCAAAUCCCUUUUGUCAUGUCACUGUCUGCCCUCCACACUCUGCUCUUCUAGCUCCACCUCUUCUUCUUCCUCCCUGGUGCAGCGGGGGAAUGCAGAGUGAGAGUGAGAGCGCCCCCUGUCUAGAGAGGUUAGGCGCGGCAAGUAGCCCAUUACUGUAAUUGGCCGGUCCUGUUUCUUCCCCGUGGUAACGCUAGCACUGGAUUAGCGCCAUAAUCCCCAAGCAACCCCUGGAUUCAGAUUAAUUAUGCUGUUUUCCCCUGCGCUAAUCCGAUCUCCCCUGCUAGCCACGGCUUUAGCACAACGCUUAUGACUAAGGAACGCAUUUCUACAUUUGUGAGUCUAUGGUAGGUAGACAUGGUGGUGUGGAGGAGUAGUAUGGCAGCCCCUGCUGUCAAGGAUGCUGAACUGUCUUUAGAUUUUUUUUAAAAAAGGUCUGUGCGCUUUUCCCAGUUAGUGUUGUUAAUGAAUUCCAUUGUGCCACCUCUUAGCGUUCCCCUAGAGUUGCAGCGUGUGCAGUUUUCUUUAUCGCAUUUGAAUAAAAUAUUUAAAAGCACCAGCCCCCUCCUCCCCCGCUUCCCAGCCCCUGCGCCACUCACCCCCUCUAUUGUUAGAUUAUCCUUGCUUCUUCUAGGCUUCUGAAGCAGUGCACCCUGGGAUUGCUGGGGGCAUUGUUGACAUAUGGCUGAAUUGGGACACUGUUCAGAAAGGUGUGUAUGCCAACUGGCAUGUCUUAUUAGAGGAAAGCUUUGUUUAAGAAAAAUAAGUUAGUACUAAUGUUCCAUCAUUGGUUGAGCCAUAGAGUAGUAGAGGCUGUUUCAUUGAGUGUUGAGCUGAGUAGAUGUGUUUGAAGAAUUGCUUCUGAGCUUUGGCCUGGACUCUGGACAGUCUCCAACCCCGUGCUCCCUCUCUACCCCUCCACCCUCUGAAUAUGUCCUGUACCCGCUGUCCUCCUACCCAGCCAUGCUGCCUAGCCUGCUCAAUAUCACUAACCCUGCUCUCCUAUCCAUUUAUCACUCCAACCUCAGCUUAAUGUCUCUAAUCAACCUUGUCCCUAACCAGGCUCUCCUCCUCUACCCUUAGGUCCAAGCGGAAGGUUCUGGGUCGUAAGGAGUCUGAGGAGGACAAGACGCAGGGCCACUCCCCCUGUCCGUCUCCCCCUGUCACCCCCACGGGCACCUCCCCCAGCCUGGUAUCCUCGCUGCCCAUGGGCAGGCAGACGGGCUCCAUUCAGCGCAACCUGCGUAAGUCUGCCACCAGCAGCGACACCUUCAAGGCUCUGCUCCUGAAGAAGGGAAGCCGCUCUGAGACCAGCUUCCGCAUGUCGGCCGCCGACAUGCUGCGUUCCACAGACCCGCGCUUCCAGAGGACCCGCUCCGAGUCCUCCCUGGACCCGCCCUCCUCACCAUCGUCGCCGACAACACCACACAGCCCUUGCGCUUCCCCAGGUCGCAGCAAGAGGGCGCCAGAGGAAUGGGCCCGCAAUGAGGGCCUGUCCUACUCCUCCUCCCCAUCAUCGUCACUGAGCGGGAUGAAGUACGGGCGAUCGCGCACGCCGCCCUCUGCUGCCAGCAGCAAGUACAACGCCCGCAACCGCAUCCUGAGCAGCCCUAUGACGGUCAUCUGCGAGCGUGAGGGGGAGUUAGCUGAGAGCGCAGAGUACGGAGACGUCCCUGACAGCCAGCCCUGCCCCUUGCCCAUGCCCCUCCCCCUGCUCCAGGAUUCCAACGGCACUUUAUCUGAGGAGAGCAGUAGUUAGAUAGAAGGGACCGCCCCCUGGAUACAGGGAGCUGAACUCACUCAUGGUCCCCAGGGAGGGUGGAGGAGCCAAUGAUAGGCCCUCCAGAGACUCAUGUGCCCCCCGAGCCCCACCCCUGGCUCCACCCACCCCUGGCUCCAGAUCCUGUAGGUUUUGGACCUGGUUCUGAGGAAGCGGACCUGACUGGCCCUGUGGCCCUCACGGAC